AUGGUAAGGUAGUUUCUUUGUAAAGGAUGAGCAACAGGCGACUACCGAGUGGGGCAACAGAAAAGAGUUUAUCUUUUGUUAUUACACAGCAGUACUCGUCUGAAGCUUUUAUGGUUUAGUUUAGCCUAAUUUUGAACAAGUGGUAGUUGCCAUCGGUAACUGUAUAUACGUUGUUUCUAUAGAGUAACCCGGUUUAUUCGAGGUCGUGGCAUGGAUGAGGUACGGCCUACCAGUGGUGCACAAGCCCACGGGCUGGUGCAGCUGUUUCCUCCUGGGCUGCAGGCUAUCUAUGGGGAAUGUCGGCGACUUUAUCCCGAGCAGGCAAACCCGCUUCAAGUAACAGCUAUUGUAAAAUAUUGGCUUGGUGGACCAGAUCCGUUAGACUACAUCAGUAUGUAUAGAAAUGUAGGUUGUCCAGCUCAGGACGUCCAGGAGCAUUGGCACUAUGUGAGCUUUGGACUCAGUGACCUGUAUGGGGAUAACCGUGUUCAUGAAUUUACAGGGCCAGAUGGACCAAGUGGGUUUGGCUUUGAGCUCACUUUUAGACUCAAAAGAGAGGUGGGGGAGACCGCACCUCCAACAUGGCCAGCUGAGCUCAUGCAAGGUUUGGCUCGCUAUGUCUUCCAGUCAGAAAACACAUUUUGUAGUGGUGACCAUGUAUCGUGGCACAGUCCACUAGACAACAGUGAAUCUCGUAUCCAGCAUAUGUUGCUUACAGAAGACCCACAGAUGCAACCAAUUCAGACGCCAUUUGGCACAGUGAGUUUUCUCCAGAUUGUGGGAGUAUGUACAGAGGAGCUGCAGGCGGCCCAACAGUGGAAUGGACAGGGUAUCCUGGAGCUGAUGCGUGGAGUCAGAGUAGCCGGUGGCCCCUGGCUAAUCACUGACAUGAGGAGAGGAGAGACCAUUUUUGAAAUUGAUCCACAGCUACAACAGGAGAGAGUGGACCAGGGUAUUGAGACAGAAGGCUCGAACCUGAGUGGGGUCAGCGCCAAGUGUGUGUGGGACGAUCUGAGUCGGCCGCCAGAGGAUGAGGAAGACAGUCGAUCAAUCUGCAUUGGAUCACAGCCACGCAGGCUCUCAGACAAAGACACAGAGCAGAUCAGGGAGACUCUGAGAAAAGGACUGGAGUUUAACAGCAAAGCAGCCCUACCACCUAUCAACAGCCAGAAGCAGAGCCACGAGAGACCGCAGAGUCGAAAGGACAGUUUGGAGAGUGAGAGCUCAGCAGCUAUUGUUCCUCAUGAGUUGGUCCGAACACGGCAGUUGGAGAGUGUCCAUUUGAAAUUCAACCAAGAGUCAGGCACACUGUUGCCCCUCUGCUUGCGGGGGCGGUUGCUCCACGGGAGACACUUCACAUAUAAAAGUAUCAACGGAGACACGGCCAUCACAUUUGUGUCUACAGGAGUUGAAGGUGCUUUUGCUACUGAAGAGCAUCCCUAUGCAGCUCAUGGCCCCUGGCUUCAGAUUUUGUUGACUGAAGAGUUUGUGGAGCAGAUGCUCGGGGAUUUACAGGAACUCAACACUCGUGAUGAGACAAAGUUGCCAAAGGAGUACAGCUGGCCAGAAAAGAAGCUGAAAAUCUCUGUUCUACCAGACUCCGUAUUUGAUAAUCCACUCCAGUGAGACUGACACAGAGAUGCUUGCUCUUUUGAAAAUGCCAAGAAAAAGACGUGUAAACACUUCCAGAGUGGACCAUCAGAAACAGCAGACCUCCCUGGACUCUCAGAGGCUGUCAGAGCUUAUAGAUACGUUGUUCCCACUGUGGCUGGCCUCAACUGUUUCACUCCAAAAGAUGAUCUGAGAGAUGAACUAAACAUUUCUGACUGUUACCGCAUUCUCAGACUAGCACCAUUGUUUACAAUAUCUGUAUGAGGCUUUUGAGACUAUCAAACCAGCCAGUCCAGAUGGUUGACCUGUUAGAACAAUCCUGUUGGGCAAACUGGAUGCUGUCAGUCCUCCAGGUAGUCCAAAAUAUACAUCACUAAUGUAGUUGAGCAUACAUCCUGUGAUCUCCUGACAUGCUGUCUAAAGCAAUAACUGAGCAGCAGUUCUCAAAAACACUUCUAUUUAUUCCAGUGGCCUUCGAAAGGGAAGAAGAAUAACCAGUUUAAACAUUUUUUAUCAGUGUUGUUUUUAAACUGAGCUGAUGUGUAUAGUAUUUACAAAUGCUGGACAUUUUUCUCUGAGAUGUUUGUGGUCACGCCAAAGUUUUAACCAUUUCUGUCUCAAAUGUUUCAUGUUUCGGUAACACUAGUCUGACGGUUAAUCAUUAUCUCAUAGCCUGUUAUUAACUGUCACUUUUAAGUACCUGGCAAAUGCUACAGGUAUAACCACCUCGAUCACUCUUCUGUGCCAAGAUUAUAACUCUAGUAAUGAGUUAGGUUUGUUGAAUGUGCACCCCCCCCGUUUUCUCACACAACACCCAUGUGUAGUGUCACUGUUGUAGAUGUUAAUAGACUGUAAUCUGUGAUCAUGGCCUCCUCAAAUGCAGUGUCCAGUGCCUACAUAUAUGUAACAUAUAAUUUGGAUCAGUGGACCUGUUUAAAAAUGAGUAAACCUCCACAGUGCCUUUCCCUCUAGCUGGAGGGGGGAAAAAUCCCAACAUAUUUUCCGUUGAUUGUCAACGCAGCCUGAAGCUCCUGGAUUGUUUGGACACAUCAUUUCGAAUCGAGCCUGCUGCAUUCACUCUCUUUUUCUGAUACUGUUAUUUCACUCCAUAUUUAUGCCAAAAAAAGAAGACUACUUUUACUACAGCGUUUUCCUACAGAAAUGUACUCCAUAAAACGUGAUGUUACCGUUUUCCUUUUCUUUUUUUAUUCAGAAUGACAAAUAAAGUUUAGAUUUUUUGUACUGAAUUUUUUUAAGCACUAUCUUUUUGACUGAACUGGCUGAUUGUAAUCCCAAGUGCAUUAAAGUGUGUAUGUAUGUAUUUACACAAAUAAAGCUGGAACACUAAUUCAGAA